GUGGGACGGAUGGAGUAUUAUACACAAUCAGAAGAAGACACUAUUUUUCCUGCAAAUUUAGCUGUUAACUCAAUUGUAUAAUUGAUAAUAUUACCAUUUCAAUUUAAAUCAUAUGCUACAAAAUUAAUUUUGUGGAAUAUUAUUUUUAUAGAGAUAGAGUUGUUAGCGGGAAUUAGCGGGGAUUAAUUAUUAUUAUCCAUUUUUAGACAAGGCGAAACCACUGCAUCAGCAUGUGGAGAGUCGGGGUUGAACCCCCGACCUCAUGGCUAAGCCCUCAAGUACAAUGGAAUAUGAAUAGCACAUAGUUGUUUUAUUUUCAGUUAGAAGAGGAAUAUAGUGUGAGGCUGAGAGUACUAAUCAAUCUUUCAUGAUACUUGUUUGUUAUAAACAUUGUGUUUUUCUUUUCUAAAAGUAAUUGGAAUUGCUUUUUUUCAUAUAACUAUUAAGUCGUGAAUUUAUCGGAAGAAGAUGCGAGUUAAUUGUGUGAUCGAAACUGUUAGGAAACUGUUUUUGUUUUGGCUAGUUGCUAGGAAGUAGGAAUCUUCCAUAAUAUUAUUUUGGGCUUUUUCUUGGGUAGUUUUCAUUUCUUCACAGUGAAGAAAUGAAUGUUCUUUCAAGAAUGAUAAGGGGAAACAAAUCUAUUAGAUGUCGAGUCAUUUAUGAAAAUAAUGGUUUUAGAAUGUUUCAACUUUCAAACAUCUGAAUUGCAAAGUGCAAGAUAUAGUUUGAUGGCAUCUUGCUUGUUGUGGAUGAAUUAAUCAGUUAAUUGUUGAGAGCAACUGCUACAAAAUCAUUUUUGUUUUGGUUAGUUGUUGGGAAGUAAGGAAUCAUUCAAUAACAUUGUUUUGGAAACAAAUCUAUUAGAUUCUGAGUCAUUUAUGAAAAUAAUGGCUUUAGAAUGUUUCAAACAUCUGAAUUGCAAAGUGCAAGAUAUAGUUUGAUUACAUCUUGCUUGUCAUGGGUGAAUUAAUCAGUUAAUUGCGUGAGAGAAACUGAUACGAAAUCAUUUUUGUUUUGGUAACUUGUUAGGAAGUAGGAACCAGUCAAUAAUAUUAUUUUGGGAUUUUCUUUUGUGGUUUCCUUUCUUUACAGUCAAGAAUUGGAUUUCCUUUCAAGAAUGAAAAGGGCGAAAUGAAACUGUUAGAUGCUGAGUCAUCUAUGAAAAUAAUGGCUAUAGAAUGUUUCGAACAUCUUAAUUGCAAACUGUAAGAUAUAGUUUGAUGACAUCUUGCUUGUCAUGGAAUGACAGACAUAGUUGACUCAGCCAACUGCAAUGUCCUUUAUUGGCUGCACUCAAAUUCAUAGCCUCCAUAGUUCUGCUCGAGGCAGAAUCAAAAGUUAGAGAGAUGAACAUAAGUGAAGCAUUUAGGAUAGUUCUGCCCGGAUAAGAACUUAUGCUGCUUAGAUUAGUUUUUAACAGGGUUGAAGAAGUUUUGUGGAAUUUAAGUUUAUUAUAUCAUUGCUGACGAUGAUAGAGUAUUGUUUACUUUUACGAAAGCCAGUCAUCGACCACCAGAAGAAGUCAGAUAAUUAAAUUUCUUAAACUAUAGAUGAGUCCUAUGUUGCUUAUAAACAUGGCUAAUUGACUUAAGUGCUACAAAAAUGUAUAAGAGCAUGUGUUGCCUCAAAACUAGUAGCAACACAUAACAAACUGCUUUCCUGUAAAUCUUAAGUUCAUUCACUUUUUGAGUAAACCAUUCAAAUCCUUUCAUUUCAAUCCAAAACCUACAAUACCACUUGUUUCCUGUUUCUGAUAUUUCUGUCGUAACUUCUAUUUUUUAGAGGACUAAUAAAUACAUUAGUGAUGGCUGAAGGUUCGGUAGUCUUCCUUCUUACAAAGCUUACGGAGUUUCUCCAAAAGGAGGGAGGCCUAUUGUCAGAAGUUCGAGUGGAAGCUGAGUAUAUUAAUGAUGAACUCGAGUUCAUGAAAGCAUUUUUAAGAGUUGCAGAAACAAUAGAGGAUAUUGACCUUCAGCUCAAAGUGUUCGCAAAGAAAGUGAGAUAUCUUGUAUUUGACAUUGAAGAUGCUCUUGAUGAUUUCAGUUUACGUAUUCCUUCUGAUCAUGGAUAUCGAUUCCAUGCUUCUCUUCAAAAGAUAUUCAACUUGAUUAAGAGUUUAAGGGCUCGGCGUCAUAUUGCUUUGAAAAUGCAACGCAUCAAACUCAGAGUAAUAGACAUUUCAGAAACACAUCGAAGAUACUUGAUAAAAAACAAUAUCAUGGAACAGGGCACAAGCUCCAGCGCUGAAAGACAGCUAUCCAGAAGAAAGGGUGCACUUCAACUUGAAGAAGCUAAUCCUGUGGGUAUUGAACACCCAAAGAAGAAGCUUAUCGACUGGCUUCUCGAAGCCAAAUCUGACCGUGAAGUGGUUUCAGUUGUUGGCAUGGGUGGUCUUGGUAAGACUACUUUGGUGACAAAAGUAUAUCAUAAUGAAGAAGUAAAGAAAUGGUUUGAGUUUCGUGCCUGGAUCACUCUUUCUCAAUCUUUCACAACAGAAGACUUGUUAAAAGAUAUCAUUCUCCAACUAUUCUAUUUUCUUCGAUUAUCAGAUCCUCAAGUAGACAAGAUGGACAACGAUAAGCUUAGAACGGUUAUCAAUGAAUUUCUUCAGGAACGAAGGUAUCUUGUAGUCUUAGACAAUGUCUCCAAUGCUAAAGCAUGGUAUGAAUUUGAGAAUGUAUUGCCGAACAACAGCUGUGGUAGCCGUAUAUUACUGACAACACAAAAUCUUGAUGUUGCCUUGGCCUCAUCCCCUGAUAAAACCUAUAACUUGAGUCCAUUAUCUCAAGAAGAGUCUUGGACCUUAUUUUGCAGGAAAAUAUUUCAGAAUGAACCUUGCCCUCCACAUUUGGAUGGUGUUCUGCAAAACAUUCUGAUCAGAUGUCAAGGAUUGCCACUUGCAAUUGUGGCCAUUGGUGGUGUUCUUGCAACAAAAAACAGAAGUCGAAUAGACGAAUGGGAACUGGUGCAUCGAAGUCUUGGCGCUGUGCUAGAAGACAAUGGCAGAUUGAAAAGUAUAUUGUCGCUAAGUUACAAUGACUUGCCUUACUUUCUCAAAUACUGUUUAAUGUAUUUCAGCAUUUUUCCUGCUGAUGAUUCAAUUGAGCAUGCAAGACUUGUCAGAUUGUGGAUAGCUGAAGGAUUUGUGAAAGAAAAGGAAGGGAUGACAUUAGAAGAAGUCGCAGAAGGCUAUUUGAAUGAGCUUAUAAAAAGAAGUUUGGUUCAAGUGGUCGAUACAACUUCUGAUGGACGAGUCAAAACUUGCCGCGUCCAUGAUAUUCUCCUACAAAUGAUAAUUCUCAAGUCAAGAGACCAAGAUUUCGCAUCCAUAGCUAAUGAACAGAGUGCUAGAAUGAUGUGGCCUGAAAAGAUUCGCCGUCUGUCUAUACAUAAUGUCAUGCCAAGCAUUCAAGAAAUGUUGACUGCCUCAAGACCGCGUUCACUGCUCAUGUUUUGGUGGUUAAAUUCUUUACCGGAAUCGUUUAUAUUGAAUCUGUCUUCUCAUCGUUUAAGGCUGCUUAAUGUAUUGGAUCUGGAAGGCGCACCUUUAGAAAAAUUUCCAAAUGAAGUCGUCAGCCUCUACCUUUUAAAAUAUUUGAGUCUAAGAAAUACCAAGGUGACGUCCAUUCCAAGCUCUAUUGGCAAGCUUCAGAACCUAGAAACCUUGGAUUUGAAGCACGCCCAUGUCACUGAAUUGCCUGCUGAGAUUUUGAAGCUCCAAAAACUUCGUCACCUACUAGCAUAUCGUUACGAAAAUGAGUCUGAUGAUCAGAUUAAAACCAAAUAUGGCUGCAAGGUACCAGCUCAAAUAGGAUGUUUACAGUCACUACAAAAGCUUUGCUUCCUGGAGGCAAACCAUGGCAAUAACCUUUUGACUGAACUGGGAAAACUAAAUCAACUGAGGCGGCUGGGCAUUGUGAAGUUAAGGAAAGAAGAUGGGGAAACACUGUGCUCUGCCAUCGGAAGCCUGAGAAACCUUCGUGCAUUGUCUAUUUGUUCUGUAGAAGAGACAGAGAUCAUUGAUAUCAAGAACUUAUCUUCUCCUCCUAGAUUUCUUCAGCGACUCUACUUGACAGGACGUCUUGAGAAGUUACCAGAAUGGAUAUCUUCGCUCGACAGUUUGGUGAAGGUGGUUCUGAAAUGGAGUGGAUUAAGCGACGAUCCGCUGUUGCUGCUUCAGCAUUUACCCAAUCUAGUGCAUCUGGAGUUUGUGCAGGUUUACGAGGGGGAGAUUUUGUGCUUCCAAGCUCAGGGGUUUCAGAGGCUCAAGUUCUUGGGUUUAAACAGCGUUGCAGAGGGUGCCAGUAGGCAUUGAAUACUUGGACGAUCUUAAGAUUUUAGAGUUCUACAACAUGCCUUUGGAACUAGUCAUGGCUUUACAUCCCAAUGGAGGAGACCA